AUACUGCAGCCUUCAAAGGACGCGUCCCAUCUAGCAUGCAGCCUUCCAAACGAGACGCAGCCAAUGUUUUACCUUUGAGAUACAGUCAUCGACUGUCAAUCAACUUGACAAUGCGCAUGCGCAUUAGCUAUACAAGCCGAGAAAAUUGCGAUUUGUUUGGUGUAAUCUGAGGUGAAGAAACACAAUUUAUGAUACCAGUGUUGUCAAAUUUUACUGCUGAUUGUAAGUAUUUCAUUUAAUCGUAAUCUUGAUAAACAGUUUAGGAGAUGUCAGUCUUUCCCCAUUCAAGUAGAUAGGAGCUGCACUGGCAUGAGAGCGUUCCAAACAUGGCCGACAGUGGACUGACUUGCUAAAAAGCCUUGAUUGAGCUUAACUUGUACGCAAACCGGAACAUUAAUUUAAAAGUGUGCCAAAGUGACACACGUUGCGUAAUGCUUUUUAAAGUUAUUAAAAUGUAAUAUGUUUUAAGUACUGUAGAUUCCCUCCUUGGUUUUCCCCCUACGUCGUCGCUUCACACUCCAUUCCAGUAGAUGGCAGAAAUGCUCCAUUAGAUGGUUUGCCAAAAAUAAAACGAAGAAGUUUGUAUCUUCCGUUGUUUUCAUUACAUCCGUAUGCGCAACGCCAUUCACAACUGUUAACAGCUGGAUACAUCUUAGAAAACGCAAUUCCAAAGAAGAUGUCUGACGAUUUCUACAUAGAGGAGGAGAUGCAUUUCUAUGCACAGCCUUAUUUGUUUGAGCCGGAGUACACGGAUGCCGAACUGAGAGAGAUGGAAGAAGAGGCAGCGGCCGCAGCACAGACACAGGGCGAAGCUACAGUGAGACAGAGGGCACAGGACACCUGGUGGUGUUCAUGUGGCCAGUGCAUGGCAAUGCCAACAGAUGAAGAGAGCCUCUGCUGUAAUGAGUGGGAUUUUGCCAGACGCCCCCUAGAAAAUCGUACAACAGCGAGAAACUGCUUAACUUGUGAUCCAGAAUUUGCCCCACUAUUAAACCGCAGUGUUUUGGAGGUGAUGUUUCAAUUGCCCAGUGUGAACUGGAAGAAUCGCCCCAGACCUCAAGGACCGGAUGGCACGCUGUCUGUAGAUCAGUGCAGGGUGCUGGCAUACCGUGUAGUGUUGGAAUGGGUAUUGAAAGGAGAAAAACUCAGUAAACAGAACAGUGAAGUUCUUCCAUCCUGUGUCGUCAGAGCCGUCAGAGAAAGAUACCCCUCUUCCUCAGAAACUUACGUUGGAUUCAAAGAGACCGAAGAAGCCUUUGGGCUGAUUUAGAAUGUUUUCUUUUUUUCUCUAUUAUAAUUUUUUACAUUUUGCAUUGCUGCUUUUUAAUAAAAAAAUAAAUUAAAAAAAACUUUUUUAUAAAUGUGUCAAACUUGACUAUAUUUUUAUAAAAUAAAAAAAAUCCAUGGGACCAGA